AGUGGACAGACUGGCCAUUAGACUGAACAGCACAAACUCAGAGGCAAGUGAAAUUGCGGCGACACUACAGAGAACUGGAAAGCAGAGCAAUAAGAAGUACGAGGUUUUUUCAGCUGCUUUCUUUUUCAGUUUAAGUCCCAGUUUUCUCUUUUUUUCAACCAAAAUGGAUUCUGACACAGGCUCCACCUGCAGCCGCUCUUCAUCCCCAGACCUGAUUGUAGACGACUCUGCCGGGAGUUUCUUCUCCAACAAGAUGUUCCAGACAUAUUGCAGAGAAAAAAGAGCUGGCAGUGAGGAUAACGAAGGCAGAAUGAUUUGCAGUGGGGGUGCCAAUACCAGGUCUGAGCUCAGCAAAAAUGAUGUGCAAGACCUGAGAUUGAAAGUCAACAGUCGGGAGAGAAAGAGGAUGCAUGAUCUGAACCAGGCAAUGGACGGCCUGAGAGAGGUAAUGCCCUAUGCUCAUGGACCAUCAGUACGCAAGCUUUCGAAAAUUUCCACCUUGCUUUUAGCUCGCAACUACAUCCUCAUGCUUUCCAGCUCUUUGGAUGAGAUGAAAAAGCUGGUGGGUGACGUUUAUGGAGCCAGUGCUUCCAUUCAGAGCCGUCCAGCUGCCCUACCUGCUAUUAACCCUGCAGCCCCCACUGCACAUCUCCCUCUGCAUCCUCUGGCCCAGUCUCUGCACUCUCUGGUGGGCAGCGCCCCUUCAGCUCUCCAGCAUCACUCAACUUCUGCUGUAGUGCCAGCCCCACACUCGCCUCCCUCUGCCAGCUUCCUGGGUUUUCAUUCUGCUGUCCAGGGACUUCUUAAGGACCCCCAUCAUCUGACCGGCACCUAUAGGCACUUUCCUGGCAUGCCUUGCCCUUGCUCACUUUGCCAGCCUUUGCCCACCUCCACAUUACAUAGCUUGUCUAUGACCAAGUGAGCAUGACUCUCUAUACACUAACCUUUGUCGUGUGGAUGAACAAAGUUGCUGACCUGAGGUGACUGAAUGAACUGCUAUAAUGAUAAAUAAUGCCAGAACAUGUACAUACUGUAUAUAUCUUCUGAAAACUGCUGCUAUCUUUUAUCAUUUGUCUCAUUUGCAUUGUUUCUACACUGUAUACAAAUAUUCAAAGUCUUGUAAGGGGUUUUCUCAAAGUAGCUAAAACAGUUAUUUAUCUGUGGUGAAGAAAU